AUGGGGAAAAUACAUUAUUCCAAACAGCCAGAGAAUAGUACAAAGUCAUGCAAAGCACGUGGAUCCGAUCUUCGUGUACACUUUAAGAAUACCCAUGAAACAGCUCAAGUUAUUAAACGUAUGCCAUUGAAACGAGCCAUACGUUUCUUGCAAAACGUAAAAGAAAAAAAGGAAAUUGUACCAUUUCGAAAGUUCAAUCAUCGUGUCGGUCGAAAAGCACAAACUAAAGCGUGGGGACAUACUCAGGGUAGGUGGCCCAAAAAGUCAGCGGAAUUCCUACUGCAACUUUUGAGAAAUGCUGAAAGUAAUGCCGAAUAUAAAGGAUUAGAUACUGAUCAUCUUGUGAUUGAGCAUAUUCAGGUGCAGCGUGCUCCAAAAGUACGGCGACGAACUUACCGUGCGCAUGGCAGAAUAAAUCCUUAUAUGUCAUCGCCGUGUCAUGUAGAAGUGAUUUUGACGGAAAAAGAAGAAGUAGUAUCAAAGCCAACUGAUAAUGUCGGAAAAGUUAAGAAAGAAUCAAAGAAAAAACAGCGUCGUAUUUUGGCGCGUGGUGAUUACUAA